CCUGUUAAAUGUAAUAAACAUGGCGGCGCCCUUUUAGCGUAACAUUGGAUUGUUGUAUUAUUUGAAUAUUUUAAAUGAUAACAUUUAUUCAAAGUCUUUUUAAGUGACCACUGUUUUAUCUAUAAAAAUGAAAUUACGUGACCUCGCUAGGUGGAAUAUGGGCGUUUCUCUAAUUUAUGCUGUGGGAAUUUGGACGGUAAUUGGAACUGCUGGAUAUGUAAGGAUGAAGAGAAAUCCUGAUUCACAGACUGUCAAAGAACAACCCUCCAUGACGAUUGCAUCUGAAUCUUCUAUUGAAGAAAACCAGCAGAAAGGAUCCCGAUUUAAGACCACAAUCACUUACAAAGAAAAUUUUGUCCCAUAUUCAACUAGACUGUACAACUUUGUACAAUCUUUUCUGAGUACUUCAAAUACUCAUGGCAGAAGUAAUACUUCAGAGAAGUAACUUGUGUUUUGUGCCGACCAUAAACUGAUGCAUAUAGUAAAUCAGUUGAACUUGUAUGAUCGAACAGUGGGAAAUGCCAGUAUGACAGUUCAUUUUUACUAAAUAUAUGACAUCUGAAUAAAAACAUUUUUUGUUAGAUAUUGA